AUGCUGCAGUUAAAGCCUAGGAGGAUUAUUUUUAAUAUUUCCCAGAAUUUCCAAGUUAUUCAAGUUGUUGGCGAGGGUGCUUACGGUGUCGUCUGUUUGGCUAUACACAAGCCAACUGGGAUAAAGGUAGCAAUAAAGAAACUUGAACCCUUUGAAAAGCCACUUUUUUGUCUUCGAGCUUUAAGAGAGAUCAAGCUUUUGACAUAUUUUAAAAAGCAUGAAAAUAUCAUUUCAAUCUUUGAUGUUCAAAAACCACUUAAUUUUGAAAACUUCAAUGAAAUUUACUUAAUUCAAGAAUAUAUGCCAAGUGAUUUACAUAAAACUAUAGCUACCCAAAAUCUUACGGAUGAUCAUAUUCAAUAUUUUAUAUACCAAAUAUUGAGGGGGUUAAAAUUAAUUCAUAGUGCUAAUGUGAUUCAUCGAGAUUUAAAACCUUCGAAUAUACUUGUGAAUGAGAAUUGUGACUUGAAAAUUUGUGAUUUUGGUUUAGCAAGGCUAGAUAUACUAAAAGAGGGAUACGAUAAGAGAUUAGCAAUCAAUUCAGGAAUAUCAAUGUUAACAGAAUAUGUUGCAACAAGGUGGUAUAGGGCGCCAGAAAUUAUGUUAACCUCUUCACAAUAUUCGACAGCCAUAGAUAUGUGGUCAGUAGGUUGCAUAUUGGCAGAGCUUUUUACAUGUACUCCAUUGUUUCCUGGAAAUGAUUAUAGACAUCAAUUGAUACUAAUAUUCCAAUUACUUGGUACACCAACUGAUGCCGAUUUGACUUGCAUUAAAUCGCAAAGAGCUAAAAAUUACAUUAAAACGCUACCUUAUUGUAGUCCGUUAAGCUUGGAUCAGGUAUUUAAUAGACAUCCAAAUCGUGCGAAAAGAUUCGGAGGUCAACCUAUAAACCCAUUAGGACUUGACUUGCUAAAGAAGUUAUUAGUGUUUGAUCCCAAAGAGAGAUUGACCGUGGAAGAGGCACUAGAGCACCCUUAUGUUUCUACAUAUCAUGACCCCGAAGACGAACCAACAAUUAUGCCCAUACCACAUGAGGAUUUUGAAUUUGAUAAGAGCAAGGAUAAAUUGAGCAUCCUUGAACUCAAACGCCAAUUAUACAAUGAUAUAAUUAAAUGCAACCGGUGA